AGUUCAUCAAAGCAUAGUAUAGGGUCCAUGAAUACUGUUAUAUUAAUUAUAUGUUUGUUACGUCACAGGUCAUUGCAUGCGCAUAUAUGAGGCGAUACUCAUUUGCAUAUUCUUGCUCUAGGAAUUGUUGGAAAGGGUGAAGAAAUUAUGUUUAAAAUGUCUCACAUAUAAACAUAUUAUGAGCUGAACAAUAAUUGUGUGCGGUCGGAUUAAAAAGGAAGUUGUUAAAAUGAGCGGUUUUGUUGGAGAUUUAAGUGAGAAGCAAUCAAAAGCUUUGGAUGAGCUUCAAUCUAGACUGAAUGGAGUUGAAUUUCCAGGACCAGAAAAUGACGAUCGUGAUGCCUACCUCUUAAAAUGGCUCAGGGCUCGACAAUUUGAUGUUGGUAAAGCUGAAUUUAUGUUAAAAAAUCAUCUGUCUUUCAGGGAAAAAUGGAAUGUGCAAUCAUUGAUAGACAACUGGCAUCCACCCGAGGUGCUGGACAAAUACAUGGUCGGUGGCUUGUGUGGCUUUGACAAAGAUGGUGCACCUGUUUGGUAUGAACCAUUUGGUUACUUUGACCCGAAGGGUUUGGUUCUGUCAACUACAGGAAAUGACCUCAUGAAGAUGAAGAUAAAAAUAUGUGAAGAAAUCCUCUCUCAGCUCAGGGCGCAGACAAAGAAGUUAGGCAAAAGGAUAGACAGAUUUGUGAUUGUGUUUGACUUGGAGAAAGCUGGUCUUUCUCACAUCUGGAAGCCAUUCAUCGACCGGUACAACCUCAUUUUGCAAGUAUUUGAAGCCCAUUAUCCGGAAAUGCUUAAAAAGACCUUUGUUAUAAAUGCUCCAGCCUUCUUUUCAAUCGGAUUCAACUUGAUCAAGAAGUUCCUUAGUGAGGAAACCAAGAAUAAAGUCUCUGUACUGGGAGGGAACUACAAGGAUGUAUUGAUAGAGGCCAUAGGUAAAGACUUGCCAGCUCAUUUUGGGGGAACGGCGUGUGACCCUGAUGGUGACCCUCGCUGUGUGUCAAAGAUCCGAUUUGGUGGUAAGGUGCCUGAAUCAUACUACCUCAAGAAUGAAUUCAUGCAUGAAGGCAGACUGACAGAGGUCUUCAUAGGUCAUGGGUCAAAGUUAGAACUUACGUAUGAGGUCAAGGAAAAAGACCAUGUACUCAAGUGGGAGUUUAUGACAAGGCAUAACAACAUUGGUUUUGGAGUAUUCUACAAGCCAUCUCCUGAUACCAGCAGAGAUCAAUGGGAAGAGGUGGUCGAGAAGACGAGAUGCUCCUGCCAUCUUGUACCAGAGAUUGGAGGAUAUUCAUGCGAUAAGCUAGGAACAUAUAUUGUCCACUUUGACAACAGCUUCAGCUGGGUGAGGGGCAAGAAGGUCUUUUACCUCAUUGAGUUGCAGAAGGAAGAAGAUCAUGAGAGCUAGAACAUCUCAAGUCCAUGUAUUUCCCAUGUACAUCAAAAGAGAGAGGAUUAUGUUUAAAUCCAUUAGAACAUCAUCUCAGGAGUGUAAUAAGGUCUCAUGUCCAUUUUUUGACCACUAUGUGAUGAGAGUAAUACCUCUAAACUACUGAUAUUUAAAGAGGAAGUUCACACAGACAGGAAGUUGGUUUUCAAAGGCAUAAAUAGGAGAGAAAGGUGUCAUGAAUCUUCAUAAAACAAAUUUAGAAAAAAUAUGAAUGUUUCAAGUUAUGAUUUGUAAAGUCAUAUGCAAGGACUCACUGUAAACAUAUGUCAUGUAAUGCAAAUUCCAUAAAAUCUAAUUGUUGAUUGUUCGUAAUUACUGAUAAUAAUUUUCUUAUAGUUGCGAGAAGGGUAUAAUGAGUCUGAUGAUAAAAUUAAUGCACAGGUAAAAGCAUUUUCAAUUUUCAUAGAAAUUCACAUUUUAUUGAAUUUAUAUCACAUGAUUUUAGCUGAUGAGGUAAAAAAGUAAAAACUAUUUUAAACAUUCCAUAAUUUAGCUAUUCUUUUAUGAUCACCGUUCUCCUUACCUUCAUUAUUGUGGUUUUUUUUUUUCUUUAACCAACUUUUAAAACUUUGGUGCAUUAAAUCUGUAGAAUACAAAUGUUGUGUGACAGUCCAACAGUGAAUGUAUUUUAUGAUAUAUAUUAUUCCCUUUUCCUUGCACAAAUAUUUGUUUCCAACAUGACAUUAAUGUUAUUAGUCAAGACCUAGAUAUGACUAUUCUAUACUCUUCAUGUUUUUUGCAAUUUCAUAAUUUGUUUUCAUCCAAGUACAAUGUACCUUCUAUAUUCACUUUUCCUUGGACAUGGUUUUUUUAUGUGAUAUUUACAACAGAGAAGCUAACUUUUUAAAAAUGGUUCAUAUUUAAAAAAAAAUUAUGUGUGAUACAUCUAUAUAUUCGCUUCCUGGUAUCGAUACAUGUAUGUGGUAUUCCACUUUCCUAGCACAAAAAUGUUUUUCUUUCAAUAUGAACAUACAGUGGUCAUGCUGAACUUUUUUUUCGAUUCCAUGUAAUUUAUGUAUAUUUUUUGCUGCCAAAUUAAUUCCACUGUUUCUGAUUGCUGUGUUAUGCGAUUGCUAUGAGCCAAACUAUGACAACUCUUCAUUGAUUUAAGCUUUGUAUAUUCAUCUAAUUUAUAAGAUGAAACUAGUGGUCAUUCCAGUUCUGCUCCAUUGUGAGUUUUGGUAGUCUGAUAUUGCAAACUUCUCUGUGUUUAAAGUGUUUGUGGAGGUUGACUAUAUUGUCAGAAAUGCUGAGAAAGAACACAGACUUGCAAUUUAAUCGUUUUUCAUAGUACUCUUGCGGUGUCUAUAAGAGGUUCCACAGUACUACAUGUAGCUAGUUCCUAAUCGUGGUUUGAUGCAGAGAGUAUCCUCUGAUUGCUUUUGGAAAAAAGAAGUCAUCGGGUGUAAGGAGAGCAAUACUUGUCCACUUGGUCUAAACACCACUUACAUGUAGUGUAUAUGGUUAGAUAUAGGCCUACUGUUCAUGAACCAAAUGUUCAUUUGACAACAUAAUAAAUAGUAAUAAGUAGAUGAAGUAGAAAUUAGACCAACAUGACACAAGAUUAAAUGAGAUUUAGACUAAUUAUGUAUGAAAUGAAAUGUAGUGUCUACACCAAACGAUAAUGAGACAGAGUUGGUUGUGGACCGAAUAGGUUAUUAAAGGGAAAUCCAACCCAAAUGAAAACUUGUUUUUAAAAGGAAAAGAAAAAUCAGACAAGUUGAUAGGCGAAAGUUUGAACAAUAUAGGACAAACAACAAGAAAGUUAUGAAUUUUUAAAAAUUGUAAAUCUUGGUAAUCACUAUACCCAAGGAGACUUCAAAUUGGCCGCAUAUGGGAUGUCAUAGUGAUGUAAGGCAAGGACUACUCUUUCAUGUACUCCAAUACAUAUUAUGGCUAAAAUGUCAUUUUUCCUAAAAGUUUUAUUUCAAAUCAUAUUUUUCUUUCAUGAGGACAUAAAAGAAUAUACUACUUGGGUUAUAUGUAGAUUACUGCCCCAGGGGGAAUGGGUACUUAUGAGAAAACCACAAAUCCCUGAUAAUAAAGUACAUGGCCUAUGGGAAAGUUGUCCUUGCCCCUUGUCAUAAUUUACUUCCCCAGUUGCCAAUUUGAAAUCUACAUAGUAUUAGUGAUCUCAAUUUUAAAACAGCUAUAACUUUCUUAUUGCUUGUCCGAUUUCUUUCAAACUUUCACCAUUCUGUUUAAUUCAUUUUUCUCCUUCCCAACACAACAUUUUAUGACCAAGGCUGGAUUCCCCUUUAAGCCCGUGUGGAACUAGUCUAGCUGAGUAGACCAACUGCUUGUAGGUGAAUUGAAUGAACCGUCUAAAUCACUAAUCUGGUAAUACUUAACUGUGCCAUAUUUAUAGAAUACUGUCCAUCAUGCUAGCCUUGUAACUUGAUGGGUUUUUCGUGAUUUCCUUUUUACAUGAAAAGAAACAGCUAGAAAGUAAAUCAGAUAUCUUGAUGGGCCUCUAAUCUCUUUACUUCCUUUCUAUUUUGGGUAUGAGAUCAUAUUGAGCUGUGAGAAUAUGUACAUAAAUCGGUUCUACCUCAAAAGCUUAGUUGCAGAGAAUUUUCACAGGUGGUCUAUUGAUGAUAAAACAUGCUAAUACUAUGUAUUUCAUGUGAAAUCAGCCAAAGUUUAGAGAGGUUAUGAAAGUAUGAAUCAAUUGAGUAUAUCUACAGAUAUCUACAUGUAUGUAUAUCCCUAUCUGUAAUCCUAACAUGCCUACAUGUAUGUCCUUGAUAUGUAUUAUGUCAUUCAGGUCAUUUUCAGGACUUAUUUUGAUCCAUGAAAUUAAUUUUUAUUCAUGUCCUUAAUAAAAAUUUGGAUGCACUUUCAAAAUAAAACUGUAAUAGGGUCAAGGGUCAUGAAAUUAAUUUUUAUUCAUGUCCUUAAUAGAAAAUUUUAUGCACUUUAAAAUAAAACUGUAAAAGGGUCAAGAAUUAUCUGCACAUGUAGCUAAUCUGUAAUCAAAAUUGAAAACUUCUUCCCAAACUUUCAUAUACAAAACCAGUUGUGACUUAGUUGCAUCUUAUAUAAAAUUGCCCAUUUAUGAACUUGUUUUUUUUUCAUAAUCAUAAAUUUUCAAGUACUAUAUUGACUUACAUCAGACAGACAAGUUGUAUGGAUUGUUAAUAUGUAUAGUUUUAUUACAUCUGGAUGAUU